AUGGCGCAGGAUGAAGAUGUUCUGAAGUGGUCGUCCCGGUUCACUGUCGCUCCUCCGAUUUGCACCCCGCGAGCCUUAACUGGCGAUAAGAUCGUCCUCCCCCAAUCUGCUCUUGAGCAACUCCUUGCAGCUGCGCCUAUCCGGUCAGUUGCUCCCUCGAACUCUCGCCCAUACACGAACACAUUCGAUCCUUUCAAUCCGCACACCUUCGAUGCCGAGGCUCGAGCCCGUGAACUGGCGUCCGACCGCCAGCAGCAGCUUCCUCACCCGCUAACGUUUCGCCUCGUCAAUCCCCAGAAUGACCGCGUGGUAUUUGCUGGCAUUCGGGAAUUCUCGGCCAGGGAAAAUGAGAUUGGAUUGAGUGCUCUCCUGCGAGAGGCACUGGGGAUCGAUGAUAGCCAGUUUUUACCUUCUGUCGACUAUAACGGUGGUGAUGACGGGCAGCUAACAGCACCGCCCGACGUGAUGGACCUGGAGACACCUUCUGGAAGAUUGAUGAGUACCCAAGUUAUGGAGAGUCAUGAUUUUCCAUCGGUGACGGUCCAUGCGAAGCAGUUACCGAAAGGCACAUACGUACGCCUUCGUCCGCUUGAGGCUGGCUACGAUCCGGAGGAUUGGAAAUCUCUACUUGAGCGUUACCUACGCGAAAACUUUACUACUCUGACAGUGGGGGAGUUACUGUCUGUCCCGGGGGUUCGGGAUCAGCAUUUCAGGUUCCUGGUUGAUAAGGUGCAGCCGGAGGGUGAUGGGAUCUGCGUCGUCGACACCGAUUUAGAAGUUGAUAUCGAAGCACUAACGGAGGAUCAAGCAAGGGAGACUCUCAGGAGGAGGUUGGAGAAGGCCUCGCGUCCUCCUAGAUCUGCAGAAGGCAGUUCGACUGGAGGCACCAUCGCCGUAGGGGAUACCGUUACUGGUCAGGUAAUACCCGGGGAAUACGUGGAUUACGAUCUCCCGAAAUGGAAUUCUGGAGACGCCAUUGAUAUUGAGCUCGAGAUUGGGGAUGAUGGUGAUGCUGAUCUCCUCGUCAGCCCACUCUCACCUCGCCAGAGAAACAGACCACGAGAAGAUGAAUACGUCCUUGGGGAUUUCUCAAGUGGCUCUCUGAAACGAAUUAGACUCCAGCCGACAAACGUGGAGUUGGAGCAUGCGGAGACUUUGUACAUAUCGGUCCACCCAUUCUCCAAAUCUGAAGACCAGAAUUCCCCAUUAAGAUAUAGCUUACGUGUUUUGACGAGGGCGCCAAAUGAAACUGGACUGGAUGCUAACAAUGAACCUCACUCUCACGACCCUGACGAUGUUCAGUGUAAAAACUGUCUUCAGUGGGUACCCCAACGGACGUUAUUCCUGCAUGAAAACUUCUGUCUCCGGAAUAAUGUGCUUUGUUCCCAGUGUGGAAGCGUCUUCCAAAAGAGAUCCCCGGAGUGGGAAAACCAUUGGCAUUGCCCUCAUGAUUCUUACUAUGGAAAUGAUGCCUCAAGCAAGGUCAAGCAUGAUUCCAUGUUUCAUAAAAAAUACUCCUGUCUCAACUGCGCUUUUGAUAUUGAAGGGCUCCCUGGCCUUGCUCAACAUCGCACGACUGUUUGCCCAGCGAAGCCGAUCUUAUGCCAGUUCUGCCAUCUUGUGGUACCUCAACAGGGCGAGUCAGAUCCCGACAUCCAUGACCCGGAAGUUUUGCUAUCUGGGUUAACGCCCCACGAAGUCGUUGACGGCGGCCGCACGACAGAAUGCCAUUUGUGCAACAAGAUCAUUCGGCUGAGAGACAUGAAGACUCACCUCCGCCAUCACGAUCUGGAGCGCCUUUCCCGACCGGCUCCUCGUAUAUGCCUAAAUCAAAACUGUGGCCGCACAAUAGAUAGUCGCGGGAACGAUUCCCUCGGUUUAUGCAGCAUUUGUUUUGGACCGUUGUACGUUGACACAUAUGACCCAGAAGGCAAAAGUCUACGCCGACGAAUCGAGCGUCGCUACCUCUCCCAGAUGAUGACUGGUUGUGGAAAAACCUGGUGCCAGAACGAAUACUGCAAGACCGGGAAGCAGACGAAACAAUCAACAUCUAAUAUCCAGCCUGCCACGAUGAGCGCGGCGAAUAUUCUCAACGUGGUCCGCCCGUUGAUCGACGGCAUCAAGUUACAGCCGGGGGCGGGUCGCAACACAGCACCCUUCUAUUUCUGCAUAGACCAAGCCAGUCAGCAACGGCGGACACUGGCAGAAAUGAUAACUGCAGAGGGCGUUGUGUCUGAGGGGAGAGCGUACGAUCUGGAAUGGUGUGUCGCGGCCGUUGAGGCUGCGGGAGGUGACCUGGAUAAAGCAAAAGAAUGGCUAUCUAAUUGGGCUCCUGCUAAGGGUGAAUCAGUUAAUCUAAAUAGACUGGACGUAUAG